AUGCUAUUGUCCGCAUUAACACUACUGCUGAGCCCGGCGCUGGUGUCAGCCGCUUCAUCCGCCGAUUACUAUGUACGCUCAUUACCAGGAGCCCCGAAGGGCCCUUUCUUGAAGAUGCAUGCUGGCCACAUCGAAGUCAACCCGGAAACCAACGGUAACCUGUUCUUCUGGCACUUCCAGAACCGCCACAUCGCGAACCGCCAGCGCACCGUUAUUUGGCUGAAUGGAGGCCCCGGAUGUAGCUCUAUGGAUGGCGCGUUAAUGGAGGUUGGCCCAUACCGACUGAAGGAUGAUCAAACGCUUGAGUACAACCCUGGCCGCUGGGAUGAGUUUGCCAACUUGCUCUUCGUGGACCAGCCGGUUGGUACCGGGUUCAGCUAUGUCAACACCGAUAGCUAUAUACAUGAGCUGGAUGAGAUGUCCUCUCAGUUUAUGGUGUUUUUGACCAAAUUCUUUGAAAUGUUCCCUGAAUAUGAGAACGAUGACCUGUAUCUUGCCGGUGAAUCAUACGCUGGACAACAUAUUCCAUACAUUGCGAAGGCUAUCCAAGAGCGCAACAAGGUCGCGCCGGCAAACGGUGCGAGGAAGUGGCCCUUAAAGGGUAUGCUGAUUGGCAAUGGUUGGAUCUCUCCUGCAGACCAGUACCCUUCAUAUCUUCCUUUCGCCGAGAGGGAAGGUCUUGUCAAACAAGGAUCUCAGACCCACAAGAAGCUAGAUGCUUUGAAUUCCGUCUGCCUUUCCAAACUUGAAACCCCCGGUGCAAAGAACAAGUUGGAUGUCGAAUCAUGUGAAACGGUUAUGAGAGAACUCCUUUCGCUCACAACCCAGGAUGGACAAUGCUACAACAUGUAUGACGUCCGCCUUAGAGACGAAUACCCCUCAUGCGGCAUGAACUGGCCCCCAGACUUGGAAUACAUGACGCCUUAUCUUCAGCGUCCAGAUGUGGUGAAGGCCUUGAACAUCAACUCAGCCAAGAAAACCGGCUGGCAAGAAUGCUCCGGCAUGGUCGGUGGUGCUUUCAGCGCGAGAAAAUCUCUUCCCGCUAUCACCAUGCUCCCCGAAUUGAUCGAAUCUGGUCUUAAUAUCUUGCUAUUCAGUGGCGACAAAGACCUCAUCUGCAACCACCUGGGAACAGAGGCUCUGAUUCACAACAUGAAGUGGAAGAAUGGCACCGGUUUUGAGACCUCACCGGGUGUUUGGGCUCCCCGUCAUGAUUGGUCCUUUGAGGGCGAGCCUGCUGGUAUCUACCAGUACGCUCGUAACCUCACUUACGUGCUCUUCUACAAUGCCAGCCAUAUGGUGCCGUUUGAUAUGCCACGCCAGAGUCGUGAUAUGCUGGACCGCUUCAUGAAUGUUGAUAUUGGAAGCAUCGGCGGUAAGCCAACUGACUCUCGUAUCGAUGGCGAGAAGCUACCUCAGACUUCUGUUGGUGGUCAUCCCAACAGCACUGCUGCCGAGCAGCACGAGAAGGAGAAGCUGAAGCAGACUGAGAUGCAUGCUUACACCAAGUCUGGCGAGGCCAUCCUCGUCAUUGUCAUCAUUGGUGUUACCGUCUGGGGCUUCUUCAUCUGGCGCAGUCGCCGCUCGCACAAGGGCUACAAGGGCGUUUCGGACAAUGAGAUGAUGGGUAGUUCCUCUAUUCUCAACAGAUUCCAAAACAAGCGUUCUGGUGGAGAUGUUGAGGCUGGUGACUUUGACGAGUCCGAGCUUGAUCAGCUUCAUUCCCCUGGUAUUGACCGUGAACAUUAUGCUGUUGGUGAGGCGAGUGAUGAUGACGAUGACCACCGUGAGGCAUCUCACCCAGUACCCAAAACUGGUGAAUCUCGCCCAUCUUCAUGA